ACGCUGCAGGAGCGCGAGCUGCUGAACAACCUCGACAAGCUCAAGUUCUUCCUCGCGACCGCGCCGUCGCGCUGGAACUCGGACCCGUCCUCGUCCACCGCCCUCGCGCCGGCGGGGCACCCGCACAGCACGCACCCGGCGCUGAACCGGUUCCUGCUCCCGAACCAGGAGUACGUGAGCUGCGUGCUCUGGGGCGGGCUGUACCACAUCACGGGCACGGACAUCGUGCGCGCGCUCGUGUUCCGCUUCGAGGCGUUCGGGCGGCCGGUGCGCAACAUGAAGAAGUUCGAGGAGGGCGUGUUCAGCGACCUGCGCAACCUCAAGCCGGGCGUCGAUGCGUGCCUGGAGGAGCCCAAGGUGCGUUUUGUUCCUGGUUUAUUGUUU